AUGCUGAUGGAGACGUGGCAGAUGUACCUCCACUCUGGUCUGUUUCUCUGGUUGUACCUAUUCAUAUCUUUCUUUAAAGGUUAUGCCGCUUGUGAAUCUGAAGAACGCCUGUUUCAUAAGCUGUUUUCUCAUUACAACCAGUUCAUCAGGCCUGUAGAAAAUGUGUCUGAUCCUGUCACGGUGUAUUUUGAAGUGGCAAUUACCCAGCUGGCCAAUGUGGAUGAAGUGAACCAGAUCAUGGAAACCAAUCUGUGGCUGCGCCAUAUCUGGAAUGAUUAUAAAUUACGUUGGAAUCCGGCAGAAUACGAUGGAAUUGAAUUACUUCGGGUCCCUGCAGAUAAAAUUUGGAAGCCUGAUAUUGUUCUCUAUAACAAUGCUGUUGGGGAUUUUCAAGUUGAAGGCAAGACCAAAGCCCUUCUUAAAUAUGAUGGCAUGAUAAGCUGGACCCCGCCGGCUAUUUUUAAAAGCUCUUGCCCCAUGGAUAUUACCUUUUUCCCUUUUGACCAUCAGAAUUGUUCCUUGAAGUUUGGCUCCUGGACAUAUGACAAAGCGAAAAUUGACCUUUUAAUCAUUGGCUCAAAAGUGGAUAUGAAUGAUUUUUGGGAAAACAGUGAAUGGGAGAUAGUGGAUGCUUCUGGCUAUAAGCAUGACAUAAAGUAUAACUGUUGUGAAGAGAUCUACACAGAUAUAACCUAUUCCUUUUACAUUAGAAGACUUCCAAUGUUUUACACAAUUAACUUGAUCAUCCCUUGUCUCUUCAUUUCAUUUCUGACAGUUUUAGUUUUUUACCUUCCAUCAGACUGUGGAGAAAAGGUGACACUUUGCAUUUCCGUUCUGCUCUCUCUGACUGUGUUUUUGCUUGUAAUCACAGAAACUAUCCCUUCCACUUCCCUUGUAAUUCCUCUGGUGGGUGAAUACCUGUUGUUCACAAUGAUUUUUGUGACACUGUCCAUUGUAGUGACAGUGUUUGUGCUAAAUAUUCACUAUCGGACUCCUACCACACAUACCAUGCCCAAAUGGGUCAAAACUGUUUUCCUCCAGAUGUUACCCAAAAUCCUAAUGAUGAGGAGGCCUCUGGAAAAGCAGAGGGAGAAGCGUUCAGAUAAAAACUCUGAAGAGUUUGCCAGGAAGCCUGCCAAGAUCAAAUUUGCUGAAUGUAGAGAUCCUAAGUUAUUUGAAGAACAGGAAUGUUGCCAUUGUAACAAUUCCAAUGAGCUUGCUACCAGUAAGAAGAGAUUAAGUUAUCAAUCUUUAAAAUGGAUGACAGAACAUUUGGAGUACUCAUCCGAAGUCAAAGAUGUGAUUGAUAGUGUACAAUUCAUAGCAGAAAACAUGAGGAACCAAAAUGAAACAAAGGAGGUGGAAGAUGACUGGAAAUAUGUGGCCAUGGUAGUAGAUCGAGUGUUUCUUUGGGUAUUUAUAAUCGUCUGUGUAUUUGGAACAGCAGGGUUAUUUCUACAACCACUAACUGGAAAAACAGUAAAAUCCUAA